CUCCUAUGUGUCGUUCUGGAGUCACAUGGUCAAACCAAGCCCGUUCUCAUUUCCAGGGCGUCGAAUACCAACACUUUGUCACACCCUUUGGCGUCUGUAUGAGGCGCACCGGGCUUUCAACUAACUCCAAUGUAAACCCAUCUGUGUCAUUAUUAGACGACAUGAGACUGAUGACCGAUGACGUCUAUACAAGUUGAACACAGCUUUGGGUGGAGACUACACGGACCCCAAAUGAAGGCGGACAGCACCUCCUUCCUGUUAAAAAGACGGACAGUGCGUCCGUCCAAUCAGCGAUGAGUCUUGUCAAUAGGAGAGCGUCCAAUCAGCAACAAGCUUCGUCGAUAGCAGGGCCACCGUACAUCUGUCUCUGUUGAGGAACCAUGAAGACUCUGGCGGCUUUCAUCCUUCUGACUCUGAUCUGCUUCCUGCAUCACAGCUCUGCAGGUCCCCACAGGGUAGGGUUCAUGUCUGAAGUCGGAUGCUGUAUGAACCACACUCGGAAGAUAAUUCCUAAGCAGAGGGUGAAACAUGUGGAGGAGACCCCAAGUCACUGCCCAACCAAAGCGAUUGUAGUCACGUCUGUGUGUGAUAAGAAGUUUUGUUUUGAUCCAGAUUUCCGAUGGGCAAAGAGGCUGUUGGCAGUAUUUGAGAAUUUCCCUGAUAAGACGUCUCCACCUGCUCCUUUCAAUCGCUCCAAGUGUGGAAAGAAAAAAUAGUGAUGUGGUGCUAGAAUGCUGUUCCUUUGUGUACUGCAAUGACGUGUAAAUUAUCUAUUUUACUGGUUGUUGUAACUGAUAAUCAACGAUAAUUACACAGAAAAGUAUCUUUGCAGGUUAAAGCUGCCUUUAACUGACAUCGUCACCUUUGAAAGUUUCAUGUUUAAUGACUUUGGUUAAAAUACAGCUUGAAAUACUUUCUAGAAUAUUAAACACACCAGCCAAAGUUUUGUCUAAGAUUAGAAAAUAACAAGUGGUACUACGGUUUAUUACUGACUCUUUUAAAUGUAUGUUUAUUAAUACUACAUGAGCUAAUGUCUCUUUCUGUGUAAAAGCUGUAUGUUUGUAUUAUGUAGUUAGUUUUUAGUUUUUUAAGUGCAAUAUAUAUCCAACGAGGUAAAGGCUGUUUAACAUCUCUACAAUAAUUGAAUGUACUUAUACUAUUUAAAAGGAGAAAAAAGACUGUUACUCCUUCUAUAUGAAUGCAAAUCCUUUCAUGAAAAUAUGUGUGCAAAUUUUUGAAAUUUCCAUAAUUAUGUAAAUGUUGAUGUGAACUUCUGUGUUGAUUUCCAAGAAUAAAACCUGUUGAGACAGAAA